UGAGAAAUGAGAGGAGGAAAUAGGCUAAAAUUGGUCUUAUUUUUUAAAUGAGUAUUUGUGUUAUUAACUAGCAACUCUGUGUAUUGUACAAAUAGUCAUUUUAAAGACAACUGCUGAGAGUCUGAAGGAAUCUGGUAAAGGAGGGAACUGAGAUUAGAGAGCUGAUUGUUAGGGAAAAUAAAAGAACAAUAAUCUGAAAGAACACCUGAACACUCCUUCUCUGACCUUUUGUUCCACAGGUGUACUUACAGGAUAUCACAAUGGAAACUUGGUCAGUUGAUCAAGUCUGCAGUUGGUUGGUGGAGAAUAAUUUAGGGGAGCUAGUUCAUAGGUUUCAAGAGGAAGAAGUAAGCGGGGCUGCUCUGCUAGCCCUUAAUGAUCGGAUGGUUCAGCAACUGGUAAAGAAAAUUGGGCACCAGGCUGUUCUAAUGGAUCUAAUUGAUAAAUAUAAGCAGAACAGUCAAGGACUGAAGUGCCCCGGAAGCCCUGGAGAACCAGCGCGGAUGAUGCCAGCCCGAGCAGCCCCGGAGGUUGAACAGUCCUCCAGUCCUGUCAGCCGUGGGGAGCAGAUGCCAUCUUUCUCUCCAGCUGAAAACCUUGAUAAUGGACUAAUUGACCAAAGAGUCCUCAAACAGAGAAGGAAUGCGAAACAUGUUCUAGCAAGGGAUAAAGCAUUACAGUGGACCAGGUCCUAUGUCCUACCAGAGUUUCCUUAUGAUGUCAAGUGCAUGCUGGCAGAGCAGAAGUGUCCUGACCACAGCAUGAGGAUCAGAAUCAUUGAGUUCCUACAGGCUGACAUGACCAAGUACCUCAAUGGCUCAUUGUACCCCAGCACCCAGCUGUACAACGACGUGGUCAACUCCCUGCUGCAGACGCACCCUUUCCUGGAUGAGGACGGCUGUGGCUUUUUUUUAUGGAAACGAGCCCUCAAAGAUCGCUUUAAAUAUGUCCGAAGACCCAUAGAAGAUGAUGAACAAGUGAUGAGAAAUAAGUGCAAAUUUGGGCACCGAAGAGGCCAGAGAAGGAAAUCUCUUACUGAUUUGAGAUGUGAUGAAAUUCAAAUUGUCCAGAUAAAAGAAGAAGCUGUUUGUUUAGAUGCUGAGAUGGAUGAACAUAUUAACUGGUUGCAGCAAGAAUAUGUGAAAACAGAAAAGAACUGGAGAGAAAUUGACAACAGGAUGAGCCAGACUUUGGAAAUAAGAAGAAAGUUGAUUGACAGCAGAACUCCUCGGAAGGACAUUCUUAAAAUGUUUCCCUUCUUAAAGUGCCCUUAUCAGAUGUUCAAAGAAUUCCAACUUCUUACAAGAACAGAUAUAUAUAAGAAAACAAGGCACAUUUUGGAAUCCUAUUCAGAAAAUAUACUGACUUCUUUUUCAGUGGUGGAUAACCCAAUCAAUAUUGCUUUGAGAGAAAAAAUGAAUCAGUACACAGAUGAAGACAUGUUAAAAUAUAUGAAGAUGACGGCCACAUGUCUGCUCCUACCAGACGUUUUUGGGGAUGACCCUAGCCUUUUUGUUGUUAUGAAUGAGAAGGUGCAGGUGUCAACGCCCGUGUUAGAAGUUAAAAACCCUUUCAACAUCAAUGUCUGUGAAUUUUCUUUGUAUUUAGAAAAAGAAAGGCUCACCAAGGUGGAUGAUUGUGUCACGGCUUUGGCUGCUCUCAUAGCUGCCUUUCAUGUUUUUAGGAUCAAAUGUCCAAGAAGACUGUCCCAAACUCUCAAUUUCCUAGAGACACUGAUUUUUGAUAUGCAUAAUCCCUAUUUUUCCUCUGUGAAAGAAAAGGAAAAGAAAGUAGGACUUCGACACCCAGUCAUUUAAUGGCAUUCAAAAUGUAUCAGAAUUAUUUUUGGGACAUUGGAAACAUAAAAAUUGCUUUGAUUUAGGGUAGUGGCAGAGGUAGGUAUUAGAAAAUCAUCUUGUAUUGAAGAUGCUAAUGAAUUUCAGUGCUUUUUAUCUUUAUAUUUAGAUCCUUAAGUUCUUUGUGAAAUUCAGUAAUAAAAAUACCCCUUAAGAAAGAACUGCUUAUUUUGCUUUGAGUUCUAAGAAAUUCCAUGGCCAAAAUUAUACUUUCAAGGAUGCACUAGUUUUGAAAAGAUCUACACUUCAGAUUUACUCAAAGUUUUGGCAGUGGUAUUUAUUUCCAUCUCUUCAACAUGCCCAUUCUUGAAAGAUUUAAUCCCAGGAAUUGCAAACUUUUGGCUUCUUUGGGCUGCCUCUUUGGUCUGAACAUUGCUUGGAAACAUUUUGAGUUUGAACAUUAUAAGAAGGGGCACAUUCUCCAGUUUGCCAUUCUUCCCAAGUCCUGCCUGGCCCAGGCAUUUUGGUUUUGUUCAAUCAAGCUUGUUGACAACAAGGGCUGCUUCGUUCUGGAGGAGGCCUUGCUGCUGGCUGACCCUGCAUGGCAUGGGCUCUGGUCAUCAGUGAGACUUGCCUCCUCGACUGAUUCAGAAACUCACCUGGUUCUCGUCUCCCCCACCCAGUUUCUGGUUUCCACGCAUGAAGACCUCCAGUGAUCCUGUCUGCCCUGUUUGCUACUUGGGUAUGGGCUAAUGUGUGAAAGAAGGGAACCGACUCCGUCUCUCUGUUCCUGCAAGAAGUUCUUUAUUGGCUUUUUAGCACAGGAUUAUAUAGCAUAAGCAUUCUUUGGGCUAUGUAAUUGUUUUCCUGUUUCCCCAGACAACUACGUUUGUUCUAAAAUCACAAGACUAGCAUGUUUACAAUCUUCGGGUGCAAGCUUGAGGACAUAGUAACCUCAGGGAACGAUCUCUUCUGAAUCAGGUGGGAAAGCAGGGGUGCAGAAGGAGCCCAGCAUCAUUCUCUAACUUAAUUGCCUGCCGUCAGGUGCACAAAGCCUCGGUGCCUGCAUUCAGGCACACAAUGCUUAGGAGGCGGCCUCCCUAACUUGCCAAGCCAGGGAAACUUCUGUGCCUCCACACUAAUGGGCUUCUUUUUCUGUUGAAAUUUUAUUGUGGCCAAAUAUAUGUAACAUACAAUUUGCCAUUUUAACAAUUUAUAUAUAUAUACAUUCAGUGGCAUUAAUCACAUUUAUAAUGUUGCACAACC